UACCGCUGCGUGAGUGAGUGAUGAGUGAAUCCCGCGUGAAAUGAAAUCACAAUGGCGGACACUUUGAAGGCGGCAAAUUUUGCGUUCCACAUUUCGGUUUACGUAGAGGAAUACUUGAAACGAUAUCGUGAUUAGAAAGGGCAUACAAUGAGUAUUGUGACUUUGCAGAUUGGUCAGUGUGGAAAUCAAUUGGGGUUCGAUUUCUUCAGAACAAUAGCGCAGGAUAUCGAUAUAGGAAGCAAAGAUGGGCAUCUCAAGAAAAAAUACUGCGAGAUGUCGCUCGAAAGGUUUUUUGGAAGGACGGCUGAAGAAGACUUAGUCGCACGGGCUGUCCUUGUUGACACGGAAUCCAAGGUCGUCUCCAAGGUCUUGGAUGACGCGUGCCAAAGUAAUGCUUGGCAUUACGAUCAUGGUGCGUCCUACACACGGAAACAAGGUGCUGGAAAUAACUGGGCCUCUGGUUACUUUGGCCAUGCGCAACAGGGGCUCGAGGAAAUACUGAAUACAGUUCGUAAACAGGUAGAAGCUUGUGAUUGGCUGAGUGGGUUCUUGCCUGUACUGUCACUCAGCGGUGGAACAGGAAGUGGCCUCGGAACAAAAAUCACGGAGGCACUCAAGGAUAAUUAUCCACAGACUCCUCUCAUCAAUGUGGUGGUGUGGCCCUUCACCAGUGGUGAGGUGGCCGUGCAGACAUACAACACUCUCCUAUCGCUGUCCCACUUGCAAUGUGCCUCGGAUGCGCUUCUGGUGAUCAGCAACGACGACCUCUACCACAUUGUGAACAAGCGGUGGUCACUCCGAAAUGCUUCCCUGGCUCAGUUGAAUGCUGUCGGGGCUCACCAGAUGGCAGCCUUGUUCCAACCUAGCCGAAGUGAAAAUGGGACAGUAGCACAAUUUGGCGAUGUUUCGGGCCAUUUGACGUGUCACCCUCAGCUGAAACUUGUAACGAUGCGUCACGUGCCUCAAGAGCCUCGCGAAGCAGUGCCUUUCAGUAGCCACAAGUGGCCGGGUCUGGUGUCAUCUUUACGGCGGAUGCUGCUCUACCAGAGCAUUUCAGACGAAGGUAUGAACACUGUUGCCCCACACUGUGCCAAUGUGUCGAGCCUGCUCGUUGCCCGCGGAGAUCACCUGGCGACGCUGGAUGUCCAACCCCUAUUUUCGGUUCCUCGGUCAUCCUUUGUGCCAGUGGAACAAUCUUUGUCCACUUGGACAAGUUCCCAUAGGUUUCUUGGUUUGUGCAAGAGUGCCCUAUUGGCAAACAAUGGCCAGGGUUGCCUACACUUCCUGGAAGCCGCAGUGGAUCAUGCUUGGCGGCGCUUCACAGAGAGGGCUUACCUGCACCACUACGCCACACACGGCUUGGAAGAGGAACAUUUUGCCGAGAGUUUUGUUCAGCUGGAGCAAACGGUGGAGGCAUACAAACAGCUGAGGAGUUUGUGAUUUAUUUAUUCUCAUAUUCGCCUUUGAAAGUGACCGGGUAACAAGGUUGAUGGGGAGUACCACCAAUAACUACGACUGUUUACAACAUAGUGUCUCCAGCCACAGCUCUGUGGAAGAAGCAGAAAUGAUAUAUGUAUUUAUUUAUUUCGCAAUACCAAAAGGUCUUACGGUAUGUAUUUCUUUCAUAUGGCUUUGUUAACAUAUUGUUAACGCACAAUGCUGGCGAAAGAAAUAGUAUGAGGAUUGAGCAUAAAAGGAUUAUACGAGUGAGCUGACGUAGGCAACGUAUCUCUGAGUUUGUGGUGAAGAACACAAACUCAGGGGCCCAUGUCAAGUGUGAAGAAAUUUGAACGAAGGGCAUUGGUGAAUGUGGCUGUUGUGGUACAUAUGUGUAAGUCCUACAUAGCUAAGUCUGCUUCAAAAUAUUCGCUCCACUAUUUUAAGAGUCACGACAUCUUGCAUUAAUUACUUGUAACAACAUACGUAGGUAUUCACUAAGAUCCAUGAACCCCUGAUGUGCACAUGACUGUGCAGGAGUCAUGUUUGGAAGGUAGUUUUUCCCCUUUCUCUGACUAAAGUCAUCAUUGCGCACACACGGAAACGAGCCUAGAUUCAAAGUUGCGAUAUUGUUUAUUUUGAAGUAAAAUAAUUCAAAUACAAGCUCUCAUACGAGAGAACAAUCUCCCAAGGAAAGCCUUUAGUGCGCGAGGGCAUCACACAUUUCCAGUUUCAUAAAUAAAGCCAUUUCCUCGGAAAACACUCGAGCACAAAACUGUUCAAAACUUACUUUGUUCGCUACGUAAUAAAUAAUUAAAAAACGAAUAUAAAAUUAUGUAGCAGUGACAAGUUGCAAAGCUCAUUAUGGCGAGCAAAAAACUUGCUUUUUUGCACGUGCAUUACAUGUGUGCGGUAAAAGGACUCGUAGCAAAGUACAUUUCACGAUGCAUGUAUAAUGGGUACAAGGCAUAUGUAAUACAUACAUGAUUCCCACUGGUCCUUGAAACCCUUGAUUUUGCAUCCUUUUCUUAUUGUUGCGAAGCAUCACAAAGCAUUGCGAAUUGCGCGGAAUCACAACUACAAUUUGGAAACCACAGGAAUUAGCACUGAUUGCAAUGAUGGCAAUCGGUAGUGGUUCCUUUCUAUCCUAUGAUCUUAAACAUCGAGGAGUCAAGUUUUGUGAACAGCCCCUUUUUUAUGCUGUCGUCUGAUACCUGUAGCUUUGAAAUAUUUUUGCGAAAUAUUGAAGACCUGGUCCUAAGCCAUGUUUCACACGACGGGCAAAAUGAGACCUGAGCCUUGAAAGGUCCUCGAGUUUUUGUUCCAAAAUUGGGGGGAGCCAUGUAUAUAAUCUGUGGAAGGCAUGAUCAGUUCACUGGCAAACAGACAUAACUAUACAAAUGUCAGUAAAAUGUUGCCAAAAAUGAUACAUACAAAAGAUAGCUCAUAUUGAUAAGGCAGCUUGUUUCAUGUUCAUUCAUGCUCACAUGUUGAAUUAGGAAAGACAACAGUCCUACGUGCAAGUGUGGAUACUGAGCAGUCACAUUUUUUAUAUUGAGAAGGUAUAUUGAUCCCCAUAACAUUGAAAUGCAAAUUAGAAUUUUGGAUAGGUGUUUUCUUUCUCUCUGACCAGAUGCUUCUCUUUGGUGCUUCUCUUACUGCAUCUGCAAUGCAGCUGCAGUUGAGUUAAUAUACCAUAUGUAUGAAGUAAUCCUAUUUAUAUUACGGAGGCAAUGCUUCUGCGUUCCACAAAGGCUGACUAGGUCGGUGUAGAAAAGUGCGCAAUAAAUACCUAGAAUACUGUUACA